CCAGUCCGUCCGUCCAGCGUCCACUCGCCCACCGUUUCCGCUCCAUCCCCGGCCCCCACUUCCCCGUUCGAGAGACGAAAACCGACCAUUCAUUCCUUCUUCCAUGGCGAGGAGGGCGACGGUGAUGGUGCUCGCGGCGGCGCUCGCGGUCCUCCUGCUGGCGUCGUCGUCGUCGAAGACGGCCCCCGUGGCCAGCGCCGCCCGGGACGACCCCUCGGCAGCGGCGGCGGCGGCCGUCACUUCUUCUCGUGACCUGCAGAAGGAUGGAUCGGCGGCGGCGGCGGAAGGGAAGGGGAAGGAGAAGGAGUGCGAGGGCGCCAACGACGAGGACGAGUGCAUGAUGAGGCGCACGCUGGCCGCGCACACCGACUACAUCUACACCCAGCAGCACCACGGCUGAUCCAAUAGAAUCCGUCCUAGGUUACAUGCGUUGCUCUCGUACGUGUGUUCGUGUCCGUCCGUGCUCGUGUCGUGUACUCGUGUGUGUGUGUGUGUGUGUGUGUGUGAAACGCCAGCGCGUGCUGCUUCUGCUGCGUCGUUAUUACCUGCGUGUCAAAUAAAUUCUUUUUUUUGUCCCAAGUCACACCGUUGAACGACACACAGCGCAUGUGUGUAAUAAAGAGAAGAGUCUCCGGCC